CUUCAUUCGUUUUAAUUGGAAAAUUUUCAGCAAGCUCUCUUUUUUCCACUAAUAUUUUAUUUUGUUAUUACUCAAAUCACAAGCAUACCUACAUUAGCAAUUCGAAACAAUGGCCAGAAGAUACGAUUCGCGCACAACAAUUUUUUCGCCCGAAGGCCGCCUAUACCAGGUCGAGUACGCGAUGGAGGCCAUCUCGCACGCCACCACGGUUAUCGGCGUUCUCAGCAAGGAGGGUAUUGUGCUUGCGGCCGAGCGCCAGGCAGCCUCGAAACUUCUCGAGCAGAGCAUUGACAGCGAAAAGAUUUACGAAAUGAACGAUAACGUUGUUGCCGGAGUGGCUGGACUCGCUGCCGAUGCAAACAUUUUGAUCAACCAGUCGCGGCAACUGGUGCGCCGGCUGUGCGAUCUCAAACAGGGCUACACACAGUUUGGUGGCCUGCGCCCCUUUGGUGUUUCGUUCCUAUGUGCUGGCUGGGACUCGGUGUUUGGAUUCCAACUGUACCAGUCGGAUCCCGCCGGCAAUUACUCGAGCUGGAAGGCUGCGUGUAUUGGCGAAAACUUUAACAAUGCGCAGAGUAUUUUGAAACAGGAGUACAAGGAGGAUGACGAGGAGGAGACGAGUGUUGGUAUGGCCGCUACAAAGAUGACCAUGGAUGACGCCCUGAAGCUCACUUGCCAGGUGCUUUCAAAGACCAUCGACACUGCUAAGCUGACUAGCGAGAAGCUUGAGUUCUCCACGAUUACACUCAAGGAUGGAAAGCCUUACAUUCAUAAGUACUCGUCCGAGGAGAUCGACGGUCUUUUGAAGAAGUACGAGUCGGUCACCAAGCCCUCGGACAACUAGAAAUGUUCUGGUAGGGACUUGAGUGUAUUUUCUUUUCUUGGAAUUAUAAAUAUUGAUAACGUGUGAACAAUAAGUAAUAAGAAAUAUGGAUAAGCUGUUUUAAAGGUGGCGGUGGGGGUUUGAUCUAUGUGCCAGCUGAUUUGCGGCUCUCAGCCCAUACACUGUUGGUCCCUGUAUA